CAUAAUAUUGUAAACCGGAUUAUUUAUCAAUAGAUAAUAAUUAAAAAAAAAAUAAAUAAAUAAAAAUUCCAUCUUUUGAAUUUGUAUAAGCGAAACUUUUGAAAAGAUUAUUGUAUAGAAAAAAAAAGUAAGCAUGAGUUUAUUUAGUUUUUUUAAAUGUAAAAAUUUUUCUUUUAGAAAAUGUAAAGGUGUAAUUAAUGAUAAAAAUGAAAAUUAUCAAAAAAGAAAAGCGCACUUUAGACAAUUUAUAUCAAUUCUUGGAGGUUACAUUCUUAUGAUUGAUGUUGGAUCACAAAUUUCAUGGACAUCAUCGGCACUUCCAUAUUUAGUUAGUGAUAAUUCAGAAAUUCCCAUAACAUUUUAUCAAAGUGCAUGGUUAGCAUCAAUUGAUAGUAUAUGUACAAUUUUUGGAAUAAUUAUCUAUCCAUUGAUAAUGAAUAUUGUUGGGAGAAAAUAUACAAUUUUGAUAUUUGGUAUUAUUCAAUUAAUUGCAUGGAUUUCAAUAAAUUUUGCAAAUAAUUUCACUUAUCUUUGUAUAACGCGAAUGAUUGUUGGUAUUGGUAUUGGUGGUACUGUGAAUUUUUUUACAAUUUACAUUGGUGAAAUUGCUGAGAAAAAUAUUCGCGGUAUGUUUCUUUCAAUUGAUAAAAUAUGUUUGAAUUUUGGUGGUUUUAUAUUAAAUAUUGUGGGUACAUUUUUAUCAUAUAAAACAAUGAAUCUUGUUAUGAUUAUAAUACCAAUAAUUGGACUAUUGACAUUUCCAUUAAUGCAUGAGACACCAUAUUUUUAUUUAUUAAAAAAUCAAGAGGAUAAUGCAGUGAGAAUAUUAAUGAAAUUAAAUGGCAAAAAUUUUGAAAUUAAUGAGAAUAUUGAAAGAAUGAAAAAAACAAUUAACGAAUGUCGUGAAUCGCAAAAAAAUGUAUUACAUGAAUUAUUUACCGAUAAAGGAAGUCGUCGUGGAUUUAUUAUUAAAAUAAUUAUUGAUUUUAUAUAUGCAUUUUCGGGUUUUUUGGUUAUUCAAACAUAUGCGCAGGAUAUAUUUGUUCUUAGUGAAUCUUCAUUGAAACCAGCAUAUUCAGUGAUGUUAAUAAGUGGUGUACAAUCGUUAAUUGGUUUUUCCUCAUGUUAUUUAGUUGAUCAUUGGGGACGUAAACCAACAUUUUUAUUAUCUGGUAUAUUGUCAUCAAUUUGUUUAUUAUUGAUAGGUAUUUUCUUUUUUUUUAAAUAUUAUUUGAAAAUUGAUGUCACAUCAUUUUCAUUGACACCAUUAAUUUCAUUGAUUAUUUUUCAAAUUGUCAGCAAUAUUGGAUUAUCAACAUUACCAUAUAUUUAUUCGGGUGAACUUUUUUCGGUUAAAGUUAAAGGAUUGGCUAUAAUGAUAUCGUCAAUUUUUCUUGGACUCUGUAUAUUUAUGUCAAAAUUUAUGACACCAUUUUUAGGUAAAGCCGCUGGUAUUUAUUCAGUAUUUUGGUUAUUCUCAAGUGUUUGUUUCAUUGGACCGUUUAUUAUUAUUUUCAUUGUUCCCGAAACAAAGGGAAAAAAUCUUGAAGAAAUUUUAGAAAUAUUGCGCUCUUAAUUGCAAUCGUUUUUUUUAACUAAAAAAAAUUAAUUUCAUUUUUUAAGUUUUUUUUUUUUUUUAUCUAA